GAGGACUAUCAAGCCGAAAUCUCUCGCAGUUUCCUUCUUCAUAUCCCCUCACGUUUCACGAAGUUCGCUUAAGAUAUUUUCUCUCUCCCCAAAAUCCCUCCUCCAAAAACAAAAAAUCAACAGCGACAACAAAAGCUAGUAUUUAAGAUUUUUUUAAAGUACAUUUGAUUUUUGUUUUUCUGUUGUUCCUGUUUCUAAUGUCUCAGAAAGAUAUGGAUUUUUUCUAGUUUUUUUUUUUUCAGAGCGAGAGAGGAGAGAGAGAGGGAGCGUUUUGACAGCUGAGAUGGAUCGGGAAGGAGGAUCCGACUGCGGAUCUUGUUAUUACUCCGUUCUUGGGAUUCACGAGGACGUCUCAUUCUCUGAUAUCCGCACUGCCUAUCGUAAGCUCGCUCUGAAAUGGCAUCCUGACAGAUACUUCAGAAAUCAGGGCGUUGCGGGCGAAGUCAAACGCCGGUUUCAGCAAAUCCAAGGAGCUUAUUCCGUUCUCUCCGACGAGUCCAAGAGAUCAAUGUGUGACGCCGGUCUCUACGAUGCCUUGGAAGAAGAAGACGAAGAUUUCUGUGAUUUUAUGCAGGAGAUGAUCUCGAUGAUGAACAAUGUGAAAGACGAGUUUUGACGAUUUGCAGAGGAUGUUUUCCGAUAUGGUCGGCGUAGAUGGCACCCAUUCAACGGAGACGAAGAGGGUACCUGACACUGCAUCUAAAGGCAAUGCGGCGAAAUGGAACGGCUCCCGCUGUUGACGCGUGGUUGUCUUAAUACCAUCAUUAGUAACUUGAAUUUUUUUUUAGGUUAAUUUUCUUCAUAGGAGGUUUUUUUUUUUUUUUGGUUUUUUUAAAGAAAAUUUGCUGUGACCACUGACAUUUGGCAUUGGGAUGUUCUGUUAUGCGCACAAUUUGGCCGUCUCGUGAAACGGAAUUGGCAUUAAGAGUGCACGUUGAAGGACCAUUUGAGGCUUGGUUCUUAUGCACCAAUUUGGUUAUGCAACUAGAAAUCAAAACAUAUUUUCGUGAAAAUAGAUUUGGUGAUUUAUAAAUUUAUGUGAUUUUCAUAUUUUUUUAAUUAUAUGAUAUAAUUUUGGUAUUAUAUUAUUGUUUUAA